AUGAGACUUGAUAUCCAAGAAGACACAAAGGCAGUAGUAGACUACACUGCAACAUAUAUAAAUAAUUGCAUCAUCCAAUUUAAGCCUACUUCCAGACACCCGUUUGCUUUGAGGUUUCUUACAGGGUCUUCUCUAAUCAGUGGGUACAAAAUAUUAGCCAUAUUUUAUCAAGACGGCGAGUUGAGCUUUGAACAUGUUGUGACAUUUAACACGGAUGAGUAUGUGGGACUUUCAUCUAGUCACCCCAAAUUUUAUCGCUCCUUUAUUGGAUAUGCUCCUGACUUAGACAGAGAAUGUAGCCGGUAUGAAGCAGUUAUCAGACGUAUAGGAUUAAUUAGACUUAAUGGCCAUAUCAUAUUCAAUGAACCAGACAUGGCAAAGUUACCGAGAGUAGCUUUGACUGUCGGAGUAGCACAAGUUGUACUCAUUGAGUUUAUUGCAAUCAAUCUGAUUAUACACAUUAGAAUAUACCCCAAGGGUCUUAUUGUGUGUUAUGAGGAUGAGACCCUGGAACUCCACGUCAAGACUGUCAAGUACUUUAAACCAAUAGAGCACAUUCAGCAAGAGAUUAUAAAAAGUUGUAGCUUGAUAUUGGAAGAUAGUUAUAGCAUAAUAAAACACUAA